AAACCUUCUCUCUCCCUCCCUCUCCUCACUGUGUGCUACUGGUGUCCUCUUGCGUCCAUUAUUAGGAGCGGCGGCCUCCUGGUCCCUGGCGCUGGGAAGGCUUCCUCGUUCGCUGCCUGCCUGCGUGCCUCCCCCUCCUCCCCCCUCUCCGCUCAUGUGCUGGUCCAUCGCCUGCCUCCUCCUCGGUUUGUCCUGAAUCCUUGGACCGACCACGCAUACACAAGCUCAGCUCAGGUAAGGCUGUGGUUGGAUUCUUUGGUGUUCCAUUCCAUCCGGCCAAGAAUCCUGCGAGAGCCUUGGAGCCAGUCAAGCCUGCUGCCGUCGUCGUCGUCGUCUUGGGUGAGGCAGGCAACCGUCAGCUUCAAUCUCCUCGCCGAGGCAAGCAGCAGGCCGCCGCCAUGAUGAGCUUCAAGGGCCACGAGGGGUUUGGUGGUCAGGUGUCCGCCGCCACCGGUGCCGGGAGCCAGGUGGCGGCCUCCCAUGGCGCUGCGGCUGCCGGAGCAGGCCCGCUGCCGUGGUGGGCGGGGCCCCAGCUGCUGUUCGGCGAGCCGGCGCCCCUGUCGCCGGAGGAGACGCGCCGGGACUCCCAGUUCCAGGUCGUGCCGGGGGCUCAGGGCACGCCGCCGGAUCCAGCGCCGCCCAAGAGAGGGACACCUGAGGUCCUCAAAUUCUCUGUCUUCCAAGGGAAUUUGGAGUCAGGUGGUAAAGGAGAGAAAAACCCAAAGAAUUCUACCACGAUUGCUCUGCAGUCACCAUUCCCAGAAUACAAUGGUCGUUUCGAGAUCGGUCUUGGUCAAUCUAUGAUGGUCCCUUCCAAUUAUUCUUGUGCUGACCAGUGCUAUGGCAUGCUUACGACUUAUGGAAUGAAAUCGAUGUCUGGUGGGAGAAUGCUGUUGCCACUAAAUGCGCCAGCCGAUGCACCCAUCUAUGUGAACCCGAAGCAGUACGAAGGCAUCCUCCGUCGUCGCCGUGCUCGCGCUAAGGCGGAGAGCGAGAACAGGCUUGCCAAAGGCAGAAAGCCCUAUCUCCAUGAGUCGCGCCACCUCCAUGCGAUGCGUCGGGUGAGAGGCUCCGGCGGGCGCUUCCUCAACACGAAGAAAGAAGGAGGGCAUGGCACGGACGUUGAUGCGAAUGGGGGCAGCAAGAUGGCAGCAGCAGCACCAUCACGCCUCACCAUGCCCCCUAGCUCCGAGCCUCCACGACCACCAGGGCUCAGCAACAUUAGCAACCCGCACUUCCACUCCCAGAGUAGCGUCUCCAGCUUGUCUGGCUCCGAUGUGUCAAACAUCUACGGCGGCUUGGAGCAGCCCCCUCGGGCGCCACCCUUCUUCACCGUGCUGCCACCCAUCAUGGACGGCGACCAUGGUGGCGUCACCCACAUCUCUUCCUUCAAGUGGGCAGCCAGCGACAGCUGCUGCGAGCUCCUCAAGGCAUGAACCGAGGAGGAGGGGAUGGCUACUCAGACAAACGGCCUUCUCCCCGAUGGCUGGUAGUCUGUAGGCAAAUCAUUCUUGGCUGUUCUGCAUUGGGGUGCAACCUCCACAUCAUCUACCUACCUACCCACCCCCUGUCCCUGAAAUUCCACAGUGCUUUGGGUUACAGGGGUCUUGUGUGAUGAUGUGGCUCCCCCACAUGCCUUUGCUGUAACAUAUUGUACCCAAACCACUGCUACUUGGUACUUCUCGGUAUCAUUGUCUCAGUAUGGAUUCUCCGUUGUCACAGUGUUUGAAUAAUUGAGGCGUCAGACUUCAGGGUUGCUCCAAUUCUUGGAGAUGUGUCUGGGUCUGUGUCUGUUUGAAGAUGGUCUGAAACUUUGUGAUGGCGAAGAUGCUGUGUUAUUGUAGUCUGAAUCUGUAAGUUUGGGACCAACAUUCUGUUAUUGCAGUUGACGCAUGGCUUGUAUUUUAGGUA